CCGGGAGCAAGAGGAGGAGGAGGAGGAGGAAGCGCGGCAUCGCCGGGGGCCACCAUGCCCACCAACUUCACCGUGGUGCCCGUGGAAGCGCAGGGAGACCCCGCGGAAGGCUCCGGGGAUACCGAGGCAGCGGGGGAGGAGCUGGAGCGGCAGCCGCUGUCGCCUCCGGACGCGGAGGUCUCCCCGAAGGGGUCGCCCGCGCCUGGCCAGGAUAAGCGAGAAGGCAGCUUGGGGAGCCUGGGAGAUGGGGCCCCUAGAGAAAACAGCCCUUUCAUUAACAAUACUGACAUGGAAAGAGAAAGUGUCUACAAAGGAAAGAACAUGGCUCUGUUUGAGGAGGAAAUGGAUCGCAACCCCAUGGUAUCAUCACUUCUUAAUAAACUAGCAAAUUAUACCAAUUUGACUCAAGGUGUGGUUGAACAUGAAGAGGAUGAAGAUAGCAAGCGGAAAGAAAUUAAGUCUCCCCGGAUGGGCACAUUCAUCGGUGUAUACUUGCCCUGCCUGCAGAAUAUCCUUGGAGUCAUUCUGUUUCUGCGUUUAACAUGGAUCGUAGGCGCAGCAGGAAUCCUCGAAUCCUUCAUCAUCGUGUUCAUGUGCUGUACUUGUACAAUGCUGACAGCAAUAUCUAUGAGCGCCAUAGCAACAAACGGUGUAGUUCCAGCUGGAGGCUCAUACUACAUGAUUUCAAGGGCCUUAGGUCCUGAAUUUGGAGGGGCAGUUGGACUCUGUUUCUAUCUGGGCACCACUUUUGCAGGAGCCAUGUAUAUUCUGGGGACAAUUGAGAUUUUUUUGACUUAUAUUUCUCCUAGUGCUGCUGUAUUUCAUGCUGAAGACAUUGAAGGAGAAAGUAGAGCCAUGCUCAACAAUAUGCGAGUUUAUGGGACGUGUACACUUGCUUUGAUGGCCAUGGUGGUGUUUGUCGGCGUAAAAUACGUCAACAAGCUUGCCCUGGUAUUUCUGGCCUGUGUGAUCCUCUCGAUUCUUGCCAUCUAUGCUGGUGUCAUCAAGACUGCUUUUGAUCCCCCGGACAUUCCGGUUUGUCUUCUUGGGAACCGCACGUUAUCAAAUCGAGACUUUGAUGUCUGUGCUAAAGUUCACAUCAUAAAUAAUGAAACGGUAGCAACGCGCCUCUGGGGACUCUUCUGCAACAGCUCUGUGCUUAAUGCCACCUGUGAUGAUUACUUUCACCAAAAUAAUGUGACUGAAAUUCAGGGAAUUCCAGGGAUUUCCAGUGGUGUCAUACUAAAAAAUCUGUGGAGUGCUUAUGCAGAUAAGGGAGCGUAUGUAGAAAAGAAAGAUAUGCCUUCAUUUCCUGUGCCAGAGGAAACAAAAACUAGUGGCCUACCUUAUGUAUUGACAGACAUCAUGACCUACUUUACGAUGUUGGUAGGAAUUUAUUUCCCAUCUGUGACAGGUAUUAUGGCGGGUUCAAACCGAUCUGGUGAUUUGAGGGAUGCGCAGAAAUCCAUCCCUACUGGAACAAUUUUGGCAAUCGCAACCACAUCUUUUAUCUAUUUGUCUUGCAUUGUCCUUUUUGGAGCCUGUAUAGAAGGUGUAAUUUUGAGAGAUAAGUUUGGAGAAGCCCUGAAAGGAAAUCUUGUGAUUGGCAUGCUGGCCUGGCCAUCUCCCUGGGUCAUUGUCAUUGGCUCCUUUUUCUCCACCUGUGGGGCUGGCCUGCAGAGUUUAACUGGUGCACCUAGGCUCCUGCAGGCUAUUGCAAGAGAUGAGAUUGUGCCUUUCCUUCAGGUGUUUGGUCAUGGAAAAGCAAAUGGGGAACCCACAUGGGCCUUACUCCUCACUGCUCUCAUCUGUGAAAUAGGAAUCCUAAUUGCUUCCUUGGACAGCGUAGCACCAAUUCUUUCAAUGUUUUUCCUCAUGUGCUACAUGUUUGUCAAUUUGGCGUGUGCUGUACAGACUCUUCUGCGUACCCCAAAUUGGCGUCCUCGUUUCAAGUUUUAUCAUUGGACUCUUUCCUUCCUUGGAAUGAGCUUGUGUCUUGCCUUGAUGUUCAUUUGUUCUUGGUACUAUGCUUUGUUUGCCAUGCUUAUUGCAGGCUGUAUCUACAAGUACAUUGAAUACAGAGGAGCUGAGAAAGAAUGGGGCGAUGGGAUAAGAGGUUUAUCUUUGAAUGCUGCUCGUUAUGCAUUACUACGGGUAGAACAUGGCCCACCCCACACUAAAAACUGGAGACCUCAAGUUCUGGUGCUGCUGAAUUUGGAUUCAGAACAGUGUGUAAAGCAUCCAAGGUUACUCUCAUUCACUAGCCAGUUGAAGGCUGGUAAAGGGUUAACAAUUGUGGGCUCUGUCCUGGAAGGAACAUACUUGGAUAAACACCAAGAAGCCCGGAGAGCUGAAGAGAACAUUCGGUCCCUGAUGGGAACAGAAAAGACCAAGGGAUUCUGCCAGUUGGUGGUCUCUUCCAGCUUGAGAGAUGGAAUGUCCCACUUAAUUCAGUCUGCUGGUUUGGGUGGCAUGAAGCACAACACUGUACUUAUGGCAUGGCCAGAGUCAUGGAAACAAUCCGAUAACCCCUUCUCAUGGAAGAAUUUUGUUGAUACCAUCCGAGACACCACUGCGGCACAGCAAGCUUUGUUGGUGGCUAAAAAUAUUGACACAUUCCCCCAAAACCAAGAGCGCUUUAAGGAAGGGCACAUAGACGUGUGGUGGAUUGUCCACGAUGGUGGCAUGCUAAUGCUGCUGCCAUUUCUGCUUCGCCAGCACAAGGUGUGGAGAAAGUGCAGAAUGCGCAUCUUUACUGUAGCUCAAAUGGAUGACAACAGCAUUCAAAUGAAGAAAGAUCUUCAGAUGUUUUUGUACCAUCUACGAAUCAGUGCUGAGGUCGAGGUUGUUGAAAUGGUUGAAAAUGAUAUUUCAGCUUUUACCUAUGAAAAAACAUUAUUGAUGGAGCAGAGAUCCCAGAUGUUGAAGCAGAUGCAGCUCUCUAAGACUGAAAGAGAAAGAGAGGCUCAGUUAAUACAUGACAGAAACACUGCAGCGGUGGCCAGGACCAAAGCAGUAGCUGCACCAGAGAAGGUUCAGAUGACCUGGACUAAGGAAAAACUGGCCUCUGAAAAACAUAAAAACAAAGACCCAAAUGUAGCUGGAUUCCGAGACAUUUUCACUUUGAAACCAAACCAGUCCAACGUCAGGAGGAUGCAUACAGCAGUGAAACUUAAUGGAGUUGUCCUCAACAAAUCCCAACAUGCCCAGCUGGUCUUGUUGAAUAUGCCUGGUCCCCCCAAAAAUCGACAAGGAGAUGAAAACUACAUGGAAUUCUUAGAAGUUUUGACAGAAGGACUAAAUCGAGUGCUUUUGGUGAGAGGUGGAGGCCGGGAGGUGAUCACCAUCUACUCCUAGUGCUGCCGGUGACCAUCCAGAGCUUGUUUAGAACGUGGUGGCACUGAGUAUCCAGGUGGAUAGAAACACUGGACAAAGCAGGUCUUGGGUUCCUGGAAGUUGAACAGUUGAAAUGUUCCUGUGUACUUGAAAUGAUAUGCCAGCUUGAUCUGCUGAUCCAAAUGUUAUGCUUUUUUACAAAAAGAAGUGAUAUGAUUUUUUUUUUUUUAACCUAGGGCAAAACUCUUGUUAAUACUGAAGAAACUUUAUCUGUCUGCACUGUUAAAAAGUCUGGGGGAGGGGGUUGGGGAUAGGGGAUAUGAAUGUGUGUGUGUGAGAGAUGAAAAAAGCUUCCCCACCACCAACCUGAUUUAUUUGUAGUAACUGAACUAUUAACAAUCAUGUUCUCAUUACUUUAUUGUACUAUAUAUCGAGGGUGAAACUGAUAGUAUCUUUUUUAAAAAAAAUAAUCUUAAGUUGUUUUUGUUUCUGUUUUUUAACUGAUACCAGGAAAGCUGAGCUUAUUCAGUGAUAAACUAUUAAGUUGGCUAAAGCUGAUAUUUUCUGAUUCUGGAUUCAGAUUUUUCUCGGGAUGUGCCUAUUAACAGUCUUUCUAACUGUUACAUUUUAGCUUUACUAGGUCCAGAAUGCAGAUUUAUAAGAAGUCUACUUUUGUUCUUGCAGUUUACUUUCAGGGUGUUGAGAGGUACAUUUUAUAAAGAAGUAAACUGGCUACUUUUCUAAAAAGUCAUUAGUUUACCUUCCCCCCCUUUUUUUCCCUCAAAUCAUUUGACCAGCCAUGUUAGUGUUUCCAUGAGCAUCCAGAGAUGUUUCUAUCCCUGCCCCUGGCACAUCCCUGAAGUUCAGGUCCAGAGGGUGAGUCUUGGGUAGGGAUGAGGGCCACACUCCCUUUCCAUAACAGUAAGCCUGUGCUCAAACAUCUGCUUUUGGUCAAUGGAAGGCAGGCCAUUCAGCUCCAGUUUUCUUGUAAGAGCAGCCAGCCAGUGUUGAGAUUUUUUUUUAAAAAAGAUAUUUCCUUUGUAAGUCUUUAUAAGUUAUAUGAUGAUCCAGGUUUUGUAAAACAACCCAAACAAAUUCCUGUAUUCUCUCUUUGAUACCCUUUUUCUUUUCUACUUUUAAAAAUGACUCAGAUACCGCUAUUGCCACCUGAACGUUUUGUCUCCCACUAUUGCAGUCUUCACAUUCACUUUUCUGGUUUGUAAAUAAUCUUUUGGUCUUUGAGUAAGCAUUGACACUAGCUAGCUCUAGCCAGCGUCUUGGAAAUGUUGCCAAUGUCUGAAGUACCCCAAAGGGAAGCAACUUCACAGAGAGAAGUAUCCUGAAAACAAAAAGUGCAUUAUGUGAAAAAUAAACGAAAUGCUUUUGAGACUCCAAGUGGAUCUCUGAAUGGCAAAGCUUCUUUAAAGCUUGUGGGCUUGCCAACAUUUUUAGUGUCAGAUAUGCACACUUCUUUUUGCAGCUAGUAAGUAUGCACUCUAUUCCUAACCAUUCAUAAUUAAUAGCUGAGAAAACCAUUUUGGGAGAGUCCAGGAUGAAUGAAGACAUCUCGUACCUUGUAAGAACGAAUUGCAACCUUUAAGAAAUCAUCGGUCUCGUAAUUGAUCCCAGUAUGUCCAGCAGGGUCUGGCACUGAGUUUUUGUCGUCAUUGUUGUUGUUGUAAUAAUCCUACCCAUUAUUGUCCUCUGAGGAUAUCUCCCUAAUGUCUCCUAUAAGCACAUGACUGCAGCAGUGUCCCAGAGGAACAGUUUUGACAGAUCUCUUUCAUGGUCUGGACAGGCUGGUUUUGUUUUUGUUUUUUGUUUUUGUUUUUGUUUUGUGUUUUCACAUGGAUGCUUGAUUAUUGCACUUUAUCUCUUGGUCUUUCCAUUCUGUAGUUCAGAAAUAUCCAAUCUGUAGAGGGUUAUUUUGGGGAGGGGGGCAUGAAUUUUUGGUGUUUGUGGCUUAUUUAUUUAUUUAUACUUCCUGAGUGACAUUUUAAUGAAUCAGUUGGCAGUGGCAGCAUGAAGAGAGAACCCCAAAAGGGCACUUUUGCCAGGGUGAGAAGGGAGGGAAGGGAUUUAGAUGGCCAGGGUUUCUUGUUUAUUUCCAGGAGAAUUCAUUGACUCCUUGAGGAGGGGGGAUAUGGAGGUGGGGAAGGAAAGUUUAAGCAUGAGGUCCAGAAAUUCCAAGUCACUGAUGAGCAUAGAAGAUCAGCAGUGAAUCCUUCAUAGAGUGGGGUUUCUUCCAAUCCAAGUUUCCUAUCCCUUCUGCACACACCUUCUUGAGCAUGAAGGAAUUACAGAAGCUCUGGGAAUCCAGCUGAAUAGGAAGCCAAAUCUUCAAAAUUUUACCCUCAGCUGUGUGGAAAAACCAUCGAACGUGUAAUGUGUGCCAAAGUGAUGUUUUAGAAAAAAAUAGUUGAUCUUUCUCUUACCUUUGUACAUUUCACAGCAAGAUUUCUAGUAAUAUACAUAAUUAUGCCACGCUCAUGGAGAUGGGCUUCUCUUUUGUGGGGCUGUGUGUGUGUGUCUGUGUCUGUGUCUGUGUCUGUGUCUAUGUCUGUCUGUCUGUCUGCAUGAGUGUAACCAUUGUUAGAAGGAGAUCUGCCUUCUGAGAAGGAAGGGUUUAAGUCAUAAGGGCACACAUGGGAGGCGAUAGGGGAGGUGGCAUUAUAGGGUAAAUGGCUUCUUGCUUUGCCCAAUUUUACUUUAAAGUAGCAGAUGUAACAGGGUACACUUCACAUGUGGUGCUAAAGUCCACGUCACCAUGAACAGGAGUUGAAGAUAGUUUGCUGAGGCUGAUGUUCGGUGGAAAUGACAAGUCCAUGCAUUGCUUUCCAUGUAUUCACCAGAUGUCCAUGUAUUCACCAGAUGUCGAUGUGUCCACAGUUUGUCCUUAGUUGUUUUGCAGUAUUUUGUUCAUGUAAACAACAGUGUAUCUUUUUCUGCAUUAUGAACAUUUUUGUAACCAGUAAAUGCGGCCAUUUAGAGGUGAUGAGUUAAUGUUUGCUUUUAAUGUUUCCUUAUCUUUGUAUGAUUCUGUUUAGAAAAAAUAAAAUGGGAUGAAAUCUAUU